ACUACACCACAACCAACUACACCACAACCAACAACACCACAACCAACAACACCACAACCAACAACACCACAACCAACAACACCACAACCAACAACACCAACAACAACACCAACACCACAACCAACUCCACCAACAACUACACCACAACCAACUACAUCACAACCAACUCCACCAACAACUACACCACAACCAACUACACCAACCCCAACUACCCCAACAACUACACCACAACCAACUACACCAACAACAACACCACAACCAACUACACCACAACAAACAACACCACAACCAACUACACAACAACCAACUACAGAACCAACUACACCAACAAAUACACCACCACCAACUACACCAACAACUACACCACCAACUACACCAACAACUACACCACCACCAACUACCCCAACAACUACACCAACAACUACACCAACACCACCACAACCAACUACACCACAACCAACACCACCACAACCAACUCCACAACCAACUACACCACAACCAACAACCCCACAACCAACUACCCCCACAACUACACCACAACCAACAACACCACAACCAACAACACCACAACCAACAACACCACAACCAACAACACCAACAACUACACCACAACCAACUACACCAACCCCAACUACCCCAACAACUACACCACAACCAACUACACCAACAACUACCCCACAACCAACUACACCACAACCAACUACACCACAACCAACUACAGAACCAACUACACCAACAACUUCACCAACAACUACACUAAAACCAUCUAAACCAUCAACUACACCACCAACUACACCACAACCAACUACACCACAACCAACUACACUAAAACCAACUACAUCGACAACAACUACACAACCAAAUGCAUCGACAACAACUACACCACCAACUACAAUUUCAACAGCAACAUCUUCACCUAAGCCAACAACAUAUCCGUCCCAUGAGCCAGGUAGGCAACAUAUUUCCGUUGUUUAA